CGUAAUUUCCCGUCUGUCAUGGCGGCGCCCUGAGAACCGGUAGACGUGCGGCGGUUCUUUCCCGACCCUCAGGAGACGUUUGUCUCUGUCUUUGGUGACUCGGACCGGGCAGGACCUCGUCUCGCAGCCAUGUGGCGGCUGGUGUCGCGCGUCGGUGAUCCCGUCCUGAACGUGCUCCCGUCAGGUCCUGGAGCCGCCCAGCCCCUCAGUGCUGGCAUGAAGACCUUCCUCCCGGUACCGACCUAUGAAGGUGUUACUAUUCCCGAUAAGCCCAAGCUCAAGUUUGUUGAUCGGAUCCCAAUCGUGCCGAAGGUGAGACGGGAACCCAAGCACCUGAACGACAUCCGAGGACCGUCCACCGAAGCCACAGACUUCACCGAGGGUAAUUUUGGUAUCCUGGCUCUGGGUGGCGGCUAUCUUCACUGGGGCCAUUUUGAAAUGAUGCGUCUGACAAUCAACCGUUCCUUGGACAGCAAGAACAUGUUUGCCAUCUGGCGUGUCCCCGGCCCUUACAAGCCCAUCACCCGGAAGGGCAUAGGCCAGCGCAUGGGCGGCGGCAAAGGUGCCAUCGACCACUACGUGACGGCGGUCAGGACCGGCCGCCUCAUCCUGGAGAUCGGGGGCCGCUGCGAGUUUGGUGAGGUGGAACCCUUCCUCAAGCAGGUGGCCCACAAGCUGCCCUUCCGAGCCAAGGCCGUGAGCCGAGAGUCUCUGGAAAAGAUGCGGGAGGAGCAGAGGGAGCGGGAGCUCAACAACCAGAAUCCCUGGACCUUCGAGCGCAUCGCCUCAGCCAACAUGCUGGGGCUGAGGAAGGUGCUGAGCCCCUACGACCUGACCCAGAAGGGGCGCUACUGGGGCAAGUUCUUCAUGCCCGAGCGUGUCUAAUGCCCCGGCACUUCUGAGCACCUCCAGAUGAACGGAUGGUCUUUGCAAAGCUGGGAUGAGGAGAACCACAGUGUGCAUCAUGCAGAGUUGAAUAAGGGUUGGUUUUACAGAAGUCUUGGCCCCUUUAAAGCGGCUCUGAAACACGGGUCCUUGCCUCGGAGCCAGGGACACCUGGAUUCACUCUGUGACCCCCAGCAACACUAAAGUGCUCCAUGCUCUUGGCAACCAGAAGACAUAGCCUGCAUUGGUAAUGGGAGUUUCUUCACCAAAGAAGAAUCCUUAUCACAGGGGUCCUUAAACCUCUUUUGUAAAUCUUGGAACCUUUUGGAAAUAGGACGAAUCCUAUCGAAACCCUUCUCAAAGUCAUGUUUAUAGAGAAAUAUGUUUAUCAAAAUCUAAAAAAGAAAAAUCCAGAGGCCCCAGAUCAACCCCUGCCCUAUUUUCCCUAUUCCUGUGAGAUCAUCCAUUUGGGGGAACUUCCAGCGUGGAAAUUCUCUCCCAUUGUUGAAGCUUAAUAAAUUAAUAAAUUUUCUGUAAUUUAUAGUUAUAAGAA